GGCGGCUGCGGCGGCGGCGACCGCGGGGAGGAGCUUCCGAGCGCGUCGCGAGAUGGCGCCAGGGGCGCGGCGUCGACGCCCGGCGCCGCCCCGCGCCAGUCGCUCGUCGCCGCUGCCGCCGCGCGGGAGGGCCCUGCUUUGGAGCUGCGUCGCCCCGCUGCCGCCACGAGGAGCCGCGCCGCCGCCGCCGCCGCCGCCGCCACCGCCUCCUGCGUCUACAUCGCCUACCGGCACGCCGACCCGCACCGUCAAACAGACACAGACAGACCACAGACAGACACAGACAGAACACAGACACAGACAGACACAGACAGACACAGACAGACACAGACAGAAACAAACAGCACAACAGACACAGACAGACAACGACAGACACAGACAGACACAGACCCCAGACACAGACAACACAGACCAGACACAGACAGACAACAGACAAGACACAGCAGACACAGCACAGACACGACAGCACAGACAGACACAGACAGAACACAGACAGAACACAAGCACAGACGACCAGACAGACACACGACAGACACAGACAAGACACAAGAACAGACACAACAGACACAAGACAGACACAGACAGAACACAGACAGACCAAAACAGACGACAGACAGACCAGAACAGAACGCAACAGACCGAGACAAGAACCCAGACAAACAGCCGAGACAGAAGCACAGCAACACGACGCGACAGGACAGACACGAACAGACAGCACAGAACGAAAGACAGCACCAGAGCAAGCACCAGCAGACAGCACACGAGGACAGACCACAGACCGGAACACGGGAGAACCAGCCAGGAAGAGGCAGCACAGACGGCCAGACAGAGCAGACAAGACAGAGAGACACCGACGAGAGACAGACAGAGAGACAGACAGGAGAGACAGACAGAGAGACAGACAGAGAGACGGAGACAGAGAGAGACAGACAGAGAGACAGACAGAGAGGACAGACAGAGAGGACAGACGAGAGCAGACGAGACGAAGGAGAGACAGACAGAGAGACAGACAGAGAAGACAGAACAGAGAGAAGACAGAGAGACAGACAGAGAGACAGACAGAGAGACAGGACAGAGACAGACAGAGAUACAGCGAGGAACAGACAGAGAUACAGACAGAAACGCAGAACAGACAGAGUUACAGACCAGAGAACAGACGAGAGACAGACAAGAGACAGAUAG